CGCCCUCCAUGUCCUCUACCCUCGCUACCUUUUCUAUGCAAACCACAGCAAACUUUCUACGAGUUUGCUACAAUCACCAGUAAACAUGCCAUUGCUGAUGCCUUGAAUUCGGGAAAUAAACGAUUCCACAUUAUUGACUUCUCCAUCAUGUUCGAUAUUUGGCAGUGGAAUUAUUUAAUUGAAGACCUCAGAGACCUCAGAAGGCAGUAUGGUGGCGUACAAUCAGUCCUGAUAACCAGUAUCACACCGAAACUGUCAAAACGCACUGACUAUCUCCGUCAAAACCGGGAACGGGCUGAGGACAAAAAUUUGGAAUGGAGGCAAUUGAUAUGCAAUAGUCCGGAUGAUAUUGUCAAUUGUAUUUCCAAACUCAGAAGGAAAAGGAAGGAUGAGAUUGUGGUUGUGAAUUGGCGUUUUAUACUCCACAGAUUGCUUGCACAAGAUGGGGCAACGGAGCAAGUGCUUUCAAAAGUGAAGGAUUUGGGAGCGGACAUAAUGGUAAUUAUUGAGCAAGAAGCCAAUCUUAACAGUCCUGAUCUUUCGGAGCGGCUCGGACAAUCAUUCAAUACUACUCCCCUAUUUUUGAGUCACUGGAGAAAGCGCCUAUUACCAAAGAGUUUUGGGGGAAGUAUUUCAGGCGACAGAUUGGGAAUGUGGUGGCAUGUAGACGAGUUUAAGGAAGAUUUUCAAGACUGUUUAAAGGAAGGUGGUGAAGACUAUUUAGAAGCAUAUGGAAUCGAAGAGAAGGAAGGGCAUAAUAUCCUACUAAGUUGGUACGGUUGUCCGCUAGCUGUAGCCUCAGUUUGGAAGGUCACUGAUCCACCUCAAUUCAGUGGCGGUCUUUACACAAUGCAAGAUACAGUUGACGACUCAGAAGGGAUGGCGAGCUCCUCUGAGUCUGAGGAUGAUGAAGAAAAUGAUUCUCUAGUUUCCAUAAUGGCAGAUAGAAAGUCCACACAGGGCUCUUCAAUGAAUCGAAUAGCUGCUUCAGCUAAGUUAUUUGACAUAUUGGAAUAUAUAUGUGAUCUACAUAAGUUACCACUGGCUGUGACAUGGAUUUCCUAUGGCCAAAAUGGUAAUACAAAUUCGGAGGGAAAACGUAUUCUAUGUAUUGAUGAUAGUGCUUGCUAUGUAAAUGAUUGGUCAGCGCUAGCAUUUGUGUAUGAAUAUGCACAACAUCAUCUCGAGGAAGGACAAGGUAUCGCCGGAAAAGCACUCCAAUCUAAUAUUCAUAUCCAGCAUGACAUUUCCGUGCUUGAUCCAGCUGAAUUCCCUCAUGCGCCUGACAUUAUUGAGUGGCGGAUCAGACCCUAUCAUGCUGCUUUUGCUAUAAGGCUAAAAGGAACCCACACUUGCAAGGAUGAUUACGUAUUGGAAUUUGUUCUUCCUAGAAGCAUGAAAGAGACUUCAGAGCGAGAACUUUUGAUAAAUAAGGUCUUGCGUACCUUGCAGAGGAAAUGUUUAAAGUUGUGGGAAGUUUGGGUCAGAGAACUAAAUGAGGCGAGUGGCUCUGAAGUUAGAUUGGAUGAUGAAAUGAACCCAACCAGCAAUCAAGCAGAAGAAACACACGAGCCUCUUGAACAGGACGUCCAAGAACAAUCUGCUAUACCUGCACCUGCUCUGAAUGGUGAGAAUGCAUCGCUUAGUGGCCUCCAGAGUACUAAUAAACGAAGAAAGAUAUCAACUGUGUGGGACGGAUUCGUUAAGCAUAGGGGAGAAAAUGGGGAAGAAUGGGCCACAUGUAAAUAUUGUAAGAGGAAGUAUAGAGCAGAAAGCAAAAGAGGAACUUCAAAUUUGCGUAAGCACUUACAAAAAUGUUCGCGAAGCAGACAGGACGAAGCAGAGCAGCAAAUCUUGGUUGAGACAGGUGACUUGAGUACUAGCGUCAUCCAAAGGAAUUUUGUCAUAGAUCAAGAAAGAAGUCGUGUAGACAUUGCAACAAUGAUGAUUAAGCAUGGAUAUCCCUUGGAUAUGGUUCAACAUGAGUUUUUUGAGAUUUUUGUGAAGAAUUUGCAGCCAGUGUUUCAACUUUAUUCAAAAGACGAGGUUACAGAUGAUGUCCUUACCAUUUGCAGACGAAAGAAGGAGAAACUCAUCAAUGGUUUUGAUAAGCUCUCUUGUCUCUUCAGUUUAUCAAUUGAAUUGUGGUCAUCUAAUGACAAAAUGAUGACCUACUGUUGCUUCACCGUGCACUUCAUUGACGAUGGAUGGCAGCUGAAGAAGAAGAUUCUUGCUUUCAGGAACUUACGGUACAACUAUGACAUGGGGACUGUACAUGAAGUCUUUAAAAGUGUGCUUACAGAGUGGAGCAUCAACAAGAACGUUCGCUUCAUAUUCCUGGAUGUAACUCCUCCAAACGAUUACAUGAUUGGAGAAUUAAGAAGUAAGGUUUCUGAUCAAGCCCCACGUAUCCACGGACAUCUUUUCUGUGUUCCUAGUUAUGCCCAAAUUCUCAGUUUCCUUGUUCAAGAUGGAUUUUAUGAGAUAAGGAGUGUGCUUUAUAAGAUAAGAGAAUGUAUAGAGUACGUCGAAGGAAGCUCACUUAUAAGGCAGACGUUCCAGGAGGCAAUUAAUAAUGGGAGUUUGCAGGACAGGGAAAUGCCUACUCUAGAUGUUCCCGCGAGAUGGGACACCACCUUUCUUAUGCUGGAGAGUUCAUUGGAAUUUAGAACAGCUUUUAAUCACCUAGAGCAAUCUGAUGAUAAUUUCAAAGUGAAUCCAUCUGCGGAAGAAUGGAACAAAGCAACAGCCGUAUGUGAGUGCUUGAAAGAGUUCUACAAGUCAACAUGCAAUUUUCCGACAAGCAGAGAUGAUUAUUUCCUCAGUGUUCGUGAUGUUUAUAAGAAUUUGCAUGGCUGGAAACAGAGCGAUUAUGUAUAUGUUCGCGCUAUGGCAAAUAGAAUGAAGGGAAAAUUUGACGAGUAUUGGGGAGAAGCUAGCUUGGUUUUGGGAAUCUCAGCAGUUCUUGACCCGAGCUAUAAAUUGGACAUUAUUGAGUAUGGCUACCGGCAGAUAUACGGCAGUGAUGCUGACUUGCACUUAUCCAGAUUCCGUUACGAUCUUACAUGUGCAUACCAUAAAUAUGCAAAGGACAUCAGCAAUCAGGGACCAUCUUCUUCUGCCAUGGCUGACGUGGGUCGUUGUACAUCAUCUGAUAUUAGUUUCAACGAGUGGCGCAAGGGUAAGUAUGAACGCAACAUGGUGCACUCACAAUGGAAUGAGAUUGAUCAGUAUCUAAAACAGCCUCCGGAGAACUUGGAUAAGGAUGGUAACGUAUUAGCUUGGUGGCGAGACAAUGCUCAAAAAUUUCCAGUGCUGGGAAAUAUGGCUCGUGAUUUCUUAGCAAUUCCAGUAUCAACUGUCAUUUCCAAGUCAUCAGAGGUUAUGAAGAUGGCAUCAGUCCAUGACUGUGUUCGUCCUGAGAUAGCUGAGGCUUUGAUUUGUGGAAAGGAUUGGUUGGACAGCCCUAACUGGAACAAUUGAUCCAUGUUUGGAUUCUCACUGGUAGUUGCUAGUUCUGUGAAAUAAGUUUUUCCCAGGUAAACACUGGCCUUCUCUUUUA